AUGAAUUAGAAGUUAAUCCGUAAAUCAAAGACAGCUUAGAUGAAUGCAAAUAGAUGUUCAAAUUUAAUAAAGGAGGCUUUACUCUUAGAGGAUACCUUGAAGAUUAAAGUUAUCAGGCAUCUAAGGAAGAAGCCAGAGGUGAGAGAUGACAUCUAUAAGCAUUUCAAUCUUAGUCUAGACUCUAACUAGAAGCAUACAAAUAUAGCAAUGAUUGGAGAUAGAAUUCUAGCAGAUACAGUGAUGGGGCACUAGCAUGGAUUUUUUACUAUAGAUACUCAACCAUUCACAACAAAAAAUGAAAACUUUAUGGUAAAAAUGUCUAGAAAAAUAGAAGCUCAUUUACUGCCUAGUUUGAGCAGCAAAGACCCUCCACAUCAUGAAAUAUUUGAUAAGAUAUCCAAGAAAGAAUUAAGCAAAGAAAUAAUAUUAUCUUGA